UGACGGUUAAGGCGGGGCUUCCGGUAAAAAUGUGCUAUCCGGAAGUCUGCAGUCUUGUGAAAACAUAUGGCGAGAAAUUAAGUUGAUUUGAUAACAAACACAAACAAAAUCAAAGUGUGACAUCGAUACAUUAUUUCCCCUUCACUUGCUUUAUUGAUCCUGCAUACUGUCAUCGAAGAGUUUAGUGAAACGAAGGAAGAAAUGGCUGCAGAGACCGAAUGUGUUCUACGUUAGGAAGCUGGAGAUUGACAUGGAAGGUAUGAACUGAAGAACAGCACUUUCAUCCCCUAACCAGCUCACCCACCUCCUGUCCAAGAUGAAUCCAGCUCUCCCUCAAUUUUUCCCUCAUACCUUAUACAUCUUCCUUGUCUUUUUUUGACUCCGGUUUUACCUCAUUCUAUUUACUUGCUUAUGUGUUCAUUACUUUACUAUAAUAAUAUUUCAACUAAGUGUCCUCUCCACAUGUCCUUUUUGCGUUCUGCAUUCCUUUAGUGAAACUUGUUUUUUACAAACCCAGUCCUACAAACUUCCUUUCCCUCCUAAGUUGUUUGGGCCAUGCUCCGUAAGAGCGGCUCUGCUAUUCUCUGUGGUGUUUUUCUCUUUGUCGCCUGGAAUGCCAUCGUGGUCCUCUAUCUGUGGGGCCGAUCCCUGUCUGGUCGAGAGGAGAGGGAUAUGGAUGGAGGACGAGGGGGGGCUGAUUUGGCUGGGGAUGUGAUCCACAUGGCAGAAGCCUUUGAGGCAGAGCUUGAAAUGCAGAGAAAAAUCCUGCUUCAGAUACAGGGUCAUCGGUCACUAUGGGAACAACCCAAUGAGAAUGGUGCCAGCAGAAUUGGCCCCCCUCAAGUGGUCAUUCCCAUCUUGGUUAUAGCCUGUAACAGGGUUACUGUCAAACGCUGCCUGGACAAACUCCUAGAGUACCGCCCCUCAGCUGAACUCUACCCAAUUAUAGUCAGCCAGGACUGUGGGCAUGCAGAGACUGCACAGGUGAUUGGUUCUUAUGGCAGUCAGGUAACUCACCUGAAACAACCAGACCUGUCAGAUAUUGCCGUGAGACCAGAACACAAGAAGUUCCAGGGCUACUACAAAAUCUCUAGGCACUAUCGCUGGGCUCUCAACCAGGUGUUCAACUCUCUUUCACAUUCCUCUGUUGUUAUUGUGGAAGAUGAUUUGGAGGUGGCACCAGACUUCUUUGAGUACUUCAGAUCCCUUCACCCAAUCCUGAAAUCUGACCGGUCUCUGUGGUGUGUGUCUGCCUGGAAUGACAAUGGCCGAGACGGCUACGUCGACCCUGGUAAAGCAGACCUCCUGUACAGGACAGACUUCUUCCCUGGGCUGGGUUGGAUGAUGCUCAAGGAACUCUGGGUAGAGCUGGAGCCCAAGUGGCCUGGUGCAUUCUGGGACGACUGGAUGCGUCAGCCAGAUCAGCGCAGAGAUCGAGCCUGUAUUCGACCCGAAAUAUCCCGAACUUUAACCUUUGGGCGGAAAGGUGUGAGCCUAGGCCAAUUUUAUGACAAAUACCUACGCUACAUUAAACUGAAUAGUGAAUUUGUGCCUUUUACCAAGUUGGAUCUGGCUUACUUGAAGGAGGAGAAAUACAAGGAGAUCUUUGAGAAGCAGGUUUACAGUGCACCUUUGGUCAAAUAUGAAGAGGUACAACGGGGACAGUUAAAAGGAGCGGGUCCAUUUUGUCUGCACUACUCAAGUAAAGAUGGUUUCAAAGUGUUGGCCAAAAACCUGGGCGUGAUGGAGGACUUGAAGUCAGGGGUCCCACGGACAGGGUAUCGGGGAGUAGUCAGUUUCCUGUCAAGGGGAAGGAGAAUCUUUCUGGCACCCCCUCCGGGAUGGAGCAAAUAUGACCCAACCUGGAGUUGAUGACAAACACAAUGGACUGAAGAGGAAAGGACUCUACGUUACAUCUAGUACUAUGGCAACAGAAGUGAGACCAAUGAAUGCCAGAUGUGGACCUUUGGCUUUAAGCUAUAGUGAAACCGUUAUGACAGAUGCCUGCCUAUCCUUUGUCUUCCAUUUCUGAUGUUUGAUUUUCUCCCCAUACUUCUCAGGUUUUUUCAUACACUCAAAUGAAUAUAUUUUUGCAAUGUGGGGUUGGGAUAGUAGGGUAGGGUCAUUAUUUUCAAAGAUUUCUUUUUUUUUUAUAUACUCUAAUCAUGCACAUGAAAUUCAAUGCAACAUCCACUUUGAUUAUUCUCAAUCUUGUAUGCAAUUUCUGGGAGCCUAUCUGUUACUAAUUUAUGUCAGAUGAAAAAUAUAUCUGUGAUGUGUUCAAUAAUGGUGGUGGUCAACUCGUGAUUUGUCCUAAAGUAUAAUUGCUUCACAAUAUUUAGUUCAUCUUUUGGAGAACUGUUUUUUUUUUUUUUUUGUCAUGUUUUGACUAUUUUAACCUGGUUAUUAUAGUGCUUAAUGUUUUUCCCAAAGAGAUGGCUACUGAAGUAUGUAUUUAUUUAAAUGCAAGACACACAUCACAAAUGCUGUAUGUUAUGUAAUUUUGGGAAUUAAAUUCUACCAAUCACC